CAAAACAGAAUCAGGGAARUUUGCAUUUCUUCCAAUUUUUCUGUUUUUAUUUAUUGUUUACUUUUUCUGGUGAUUGAAUCUAAAUGGCUUCCAGGUUGAUUUUUAGACAGCUUCUUGAUAUUGAAUCAUAUACAUUCACAUACCUUCUUGGAUGCAGUAAGACAAGACAGGCUUUACUUAUUGAUCCUGUUGACACGCAGACAAAAAGAGAUGCAAAACUUAUUGAUGAACUUGAGUUAAAGCUGAUGUAUGCAAUCAAUACCCAUGUCCAUGCUGAUCAUAUCACAGGAACAGGUAUCCUUAAACAGUUGACWGGGUGCAAGAGCAUGAUAUCUAAGGAAAGUGGAGCUUUUGCUGAUAUGCUCCUUGAUGAUAAACAGGAAAUCAACUUUGGUGAACAGACACUUGAAGCUCGGUCAACACCAGGACACACCAACGGUUGUAUGACGUUUGUUCAUCAUGACAGCAAAAUGGCUUUCACAGGAGAUGCAUUACUGAUUAGAGCGUGUGGACGGACAGACUUCCAAGAAGGUAUGUCAUCUUUAGGUGGUCUCCUAUAUUUACUUAAAAAAUGGCAAAAAGGUUCCCUUUUCCCAAAUGAUGUUCUUAUUUGGUGGCAGUACCUUCUGGUGUUAUGGAAAAUAAAAAUUAAAGUAAAAAAAAAUUGUAGCUUUAUAUACAGCUCACUGCUUAUACAGGUUUCUCUCUUUCUGCAGACACUUGAAGCUCGGUCAACACCAGGACACACCAACGGUUGUAUGACGUUUGUUCAUCAUGACAGCAAAAUGGCUUUCACAGGAGAUGCAUUACUGAUUAGAGCGUGUGGACGGACAGACUUCCAAGAAGGCAGCCCAGAGAAAUUGUAUGAUUCCGUGAGAAGCCGUAUUCUGUCACUCCCUGGUGACUUUGUAUUGUACCCAGCUCACGAUUACAAAGGCUUUGCUUCAACCACUGUAGAAGAAGAACUAAAAYACAAUCCCCGACUAACAAAAAGUAAAGAAGAGUUUGUAAAAAUAAUGGAAAACCUUGGUUUGACGAAACCAAAACGAAUAGACGAAGCUUUACCAGUAAACAUGAUGUGUGGUCCAAGUCAGCUGGGGCGAUAUCACGAGCGAAUGGACGAAUAAUACCAGUUCAAAGCAUAAAAUAAAAUAGAUAAUUCAACGUGGAAAGUGGAAGUAAAAGGAUGCUUUGCCAUUUCAAAGACUUUGGUCAUGAUUGUGCUUCAAGCCAGGAAUUUUAAAGAUCUUUAAGACUAUUUUUGAUAAACUUGUAUCCUUUUUAUCAGUAUUAGUUUUAUGAACAAUGUGAAAUUCGGAAGUGGAAGUGUWAAAGGCGAAAUUAGACGAGGUACACACUAAGACAGGAAUAAGACAGUCAAUAUUAAAAAUUUUGCUCAAUGUUAUUUAACAAAUAGAUUCUCGACUCUUGGCGUACUUUUUUGUUCUAGUCACAUUUUGACGUCAUCUGUGUAUCUACUAAAGUAAAGUAAAGACGCACGGAAAAAGGGAAUCUAUUUUUUUAUAUAAUACUUGCCUCUAUUUUUUUUCCAACGUGCAUAAUUUCAUCUAAACCGUUGAACGAACACAAAAGAGCGUGACCAAUCAGAGCGAACGUAAGAUUAAAUGGUGUCAUCCGUUCGUGUGUAAAGAGCGCGUAAUAUAACAUAUAUUGCAAAAAAAAUUCAACUACAACUACACAAAGCACAACAAUUCUAUUAUUUAUCAAUUAGGAUACACCAGAUGACAUAAGCUUUGUACAAUUUUAAGUUGGAAACGAAACCUUCAAAGACGGAAAGAKGACGUUCAGGUUGUACUAACCCUAAGCGCUUUAUCUUUUGUCUCGAGAUGUUCCGGUAUGAUAUUCAGUGUUUGUAAUGAAUAAUAAAGUAGUUGAAAUGCA